AUGGUAGGCAAGCGGUCCCCCGAAACAAACACCUCCAAAGCUCCAAAAAGAGCCACCGCGGACAAUCCCGACAACGACUCCGACGACCAACUCCCCGCCGGCUCUCUCCCCAUCAGCCUGAUCCGCCUCCUCCCCAACCAAGCCCCAAUAACCCUAAACGAGUUUCGAACCUGGCGCACCCACCCCCUGCCCCCGGCCAUCCCAGUCUUCGACGACCUCUCACCCCAACGCAUCCGCGUCGGGCUCAGCCGGGGCCUCCGCCCGCACCGGCUCGAUGCGCACUACCUGAGCAGCCUCGCCUACGAGCCCGUCUGCCUAGCGCCCCACACCCACAGCAGCACGUACAGCCUCCUCCUCCAGUCGGGCGGCAACGAGGCGCUCCGCGCGGACGACGUCCUCCUGCACUCGCCCUUCACCGACCCCCGGACCUGCCUCUUCGUCGCCCGCAACUCCCUGCGCGCCUACCGGACCCACCUCACCGCCGCGGUGGACGCCUACCACGCGCGUCUGCGGAACUGGCGCGCCCAGCGGCGGCAGUGGGAGGCGGCGCUGCUCGUCGCGCUGGGGCGCCGCACCCCCGAAGACAUGGCCGCGCUGAUCCGCUGCGAGCUGGCCAAGGAUAAAUACCGGCCGUGGUUCGUGGGGGCCACCGCGGACGGGGACGAGUUCACCAGCCCGCAUGCGUUGUGCGAUGGGCCGGUCGUGGCGUCGGCUGUGCGCGCCCGGCUCGAUCAUGUCGCGCGCACGAUCAGUGCGUUGACGGAGGACUUGCGCCGGCUUGCGGAGGGCGGGCGUUAUUAUGUCGUGGAUGAAUUUGAGGCGGAGUAUGAGCUGUGUGCGGAGAACCCUAUGCUCGAUCAGGCGGCGUUCGCGGACUGGGCCGUUGAGCGGUCUGUGCAUUGGCGGCUGGCCGUGCGGGAGGGCAUGAUUCCUGAGUUGGAUGGCUUGGUGAGGGAUUUGUACGAUGAGUGGGUGGAGGAGGAUGAGAUUUUUGAUGAUGAACCGUGGCGUCCCGGGAGGGGUGGUUUGUUUAUAGGGACGGGCCAGGAGCAGCCGUGGGGUGAGCCGGCGUAUUACUUUCAGGUGGGGAUCCAGCGCCUGGGGCGACCUAUCAAUGAUUUGUUUGAUGAGGAGAUACGGGACCUGCUUCACUGCGUGGAGGAGUGGUAUUUUACGGCGUUGGAUGAGAAAAAACGGGCGAUCGUGCAGGGAAUAAAGUUGCGAUUCUGGCCGAUGCCGGCGGAGCUCUAUCGCAAUGUGGACGAGGCGUUACGGUUUGAGAACCCGUUCGGGAAUUGA